AUGGUCUUGCAAUCUUAGAUAUAAAUUUUUAAAUUAUUAAAAUAUUAAAUUAAAUUUAAUUAUUAGUCUUUACUUUACAUUAACUAGAAUAAGAAUAUAAGAACUAUUUCAGGGAUUAAAGGUGAUCAAAGAUUCAUCAAAAUUAGGAACACAAUAUGCAGAAUAUAUGAAAUGUGUUUAUAAGACAGGUAGUGCAUGAGAAGCUAUUUCUGCUUGCUAAGAUAUUAUCUCAGCUUCAAGUUAAGAAGAAUAUACAACCCAUAAACCAGGAUUCUUAUAUUUUAAUUGAAAGUGUUAUGCUGCAGUUUUUUCAGAUGGUUUACCCUUCAAUAUUUCUAACCGAAAUUACAAUAGAAUUUAAAAAUUUUCUUAUUGGAAAAGUAUCCAAGAAGCUAGUGACUAUUGUAGAAUAAAAAUUGAUUAAAGUAAAUGUGAACUUGCAAUUAAUAAAGAUUGCAGUGUUUUAGCAAUUCCUACUUCAGACAGUUUGGAUUCAAAUAGUGAUUUCAAUUAAAGUGCAUUCAAAUUUGCAUAUUGUCUAGCUUAAUCAAAUUUAGAGAGAAGUUAAUUAUAUAAAUAUUCAACUGGAACAACUUGUAGCGAUGGAACAUGUGCAGAUAUUUCAUCCCCUACUAGUUUAGAGAUUGUUCCAUUUACGUAAAUAAUAAACAUAAUUAAAAAAGAUUAGUUCUAGCGAUUGUAAUAAUAAUGAUAGUAAAGUUGUGGAUCCAGGAUUGAAACCAACAUAAAAAGUAACAUUUUGCUAAUUCUUUUAAAAAAAGCCUGAUUAAACUAAAAUUUGUACAUUUUAUUAAUAUAAUUCAACUUCGCCAACUUAAUGUGUUGAUGGUGGUAAUUGUGAUUCCUAUGGCAAUUUGCCAAACAAUAAUGAUAAUGAUGAUUCAAAUAGUUGUUUAAGUAGAAUUAGUGAUGUUUGGUGUAAAAUUUGCAUUCACAUCUGGUGAUGCUAAAUGCAGAGAUUUUUAUUGCAAACAUAUAAAAAAUCCGAUCUCUUAAAUGGAUUGAGAUUAAUAAAAAGAUGAAAAAUAUACUUUAUCUCUUAGGAACAUGUUAAAAUAAGUUUACAGCCUGUACUGAUAUCCCUGCUUAAAGUGGAUAUGAGAAGGUAAAUCAAACUGUUGCUUAAUUUAGUUAAAUUUAAGAACAACUUGUAAUUUUCAAGAAAAAUUUCAUCUUUAUAGUAUAAACGAUAAGUAAGUAUCUAUUUAUGAGACAUUGACAGAUGAAACAAAUAAACUUACAUAUAUUUCUGUAAUAAUUGUUUCAUAUUGGAUAAAUGUGAAAGUUAUAAUGCAACAUUCCCCCUGCAUUAGAUCCUGCAGAAGGUUCAUAAGAGACAGAAUGUAAAACAGUUAAAUAAUCCGAUGGCUAUGCAUACAUUAUGGAUGCUACAAAAAAUGCAGAGCAUAAGUUUGUACUGAUGAUGAUGCAAGUGCAAAAGAUUUUAUUAAUAAUUUUCUCUAUUAUUCCAAUAAAUGCUUAACUAAGGGUAGUUGUGCAGAUUAUAUGCAAAAAGGUUAUGAUGAUGAAGUUAAAUAUAUAUAUGGUAUGAAGGAGUCUAGAAUGAUACAGGAGAUUUUUGUGCUUGGAAUUCAUCUAAUUUCAAAUGUAGAGAUAGAUCAUGUUAGUGUAAGGCAUUCUACGAAGAUUUUAAUUGUUUAAGUUAUCUUAAUUCUUGUAGAAUGAAUGGAACUAUAUGUGUUUCAUAUGAAGAAUGUACUUCAAACAAUGGAUCAAUUGAUUUUUGCAAUGCCUUAUCUGAUUCAACAGGAAAAGAUAGAUGUAGACCUAUUGUAACUGCUAUUUAUACAUCAAUUAGAACAAGUUAUGAUAAAGUUACAGCCACAACUUAUUCUGAAUGUGAUACUUAUUUAAGUGUAAGUGUCACUCGCGGUGCAGGAUGUAUUCGAAAUUCAGAACCAAGCACAUCAUACAGAGGCACUAAACAAUAAUGUGAAUUAUUAAAAAAAACAUACUGGAUUUGA